AUGGACUCCUCGUCGGAGAACACGGGCGCGCCGCCGGAAGAGGAGCAGCCCCAGGCCCCGCCGACGCCGAACCCGGAACCUACCGAGGCGGCGGCGCCCGGCGAGGCGGAGGAGGAGCCGCAAACCCUAGAGCGGGCGCAGGAGCUCUUCGACAGGGGCGCAAAGGCCAUCGAGGACGAGGACUUCGUCGAAGCCGUCGACUGCCUCAGCCAAGCGCUCGAGAUCAGGACUUCACAUUAUGGAGAGCUCGCGCCGGAGUGUGCCAGCACAUACUUCAAAUAUGGAUGUGCCCUGCUAUACAAAGCUCAGGAGGAAAGUGAUUUUUUGGGAAAUGUUCCCAAGAGCGUGCCAAAUGAAGAAUCAGUGAAGAGUACAGCUUCAAAAGAUGAUAGUGGAACCUCAAAGGUCUCUGGUACCAAUGUGGAGGAUGCCGUGUCUUCGGAGAAAGCUGAUGCUGAAGAAGGUCAAAACUCAAAUGGCAAAGAUCAGGAGAAUGGGAAUGGUGAAGUUGAGAAGGAUGAUGAUGAUGACGACGAUGAUGAGAAGAUGGGAGAUGAAGAGGAUAAUGAUUUGGAUCUUUCCUGGAAAAUGUUGGACAUUGCUAGGGCAAUAGUUGAAAAGACCCCAGAUAAUACUAUGGAGAAAGUAAAAAUAUAUUCUGCUCUUGCUGAAGUCGCAACAGAAAGAGAGGACAUAGACAACUCACUCACUGACUACAUGAAAGCUUUAUCCAUGUUGGAGCAUUUGGUUGAACCUGAUCAUCGUCGAGUUGUGGAAUUAAACUUCCGCAUAUGUUUGGUUUAUGAGCUAGUUUCCAAGAUUGGAGAUGCGAUUCCGUACUGUGCAAAAGCGAUUUCGCUAUGCAAGUCGCGCAUACAGAGCCUGAAAAGUUCCAAGGAUGCUUUGUUGGCUGGUAAAGAUGGUGAUGCAUCUGCUGCUGAGGCUGAAGGAGGCUCAGAAAAAUCUGACACUGAAAAAGAGCUAGAGCAGCUUACUAGCAUAUUGCCUGAUCUUGAGAAGAAGCUUGAGGACCUGGAACAAGCAAACCCAAGCCCUGCCAUGGAUGAGAUGUUGAAGACAAUUGCAUCCAGGGUAACUGACGCGAUGCCAAGAGCUGCAUCUUUUACUUCUUCCCAGAUGGCAACCUCGAGCAAUGGAUUCGACUCCUCGGUUCUGUCUACGGCAGCGACAACCGGAAGCACUGGAAGCACUGUGACUGACCUUGGGGUUGUAGGCAGAGGCGUCAAACGAGCUAGCAUCAAGCCGAUCUCUGCUGAACCUGCUGCGAAGAAACCUGCACUUGAUUCACCAUCUGUCCAAGGUGAUAGCAGCAUCAACUCUGAGGUUGUUCCUGCAACACAGAAUGGUGAUGAGUCCGUAUCUAAGUAG